CUCAACAUGAUUCUCCUUGUCUUACUUAUUUUCAAGGCUGCAAACGCCGAAAUACAAAACAAAGACCUUCAAUUCCUCAACGAAUUGCCUUUAGACAAGUUGUUGAAGUUAAAGGAUUCCUUACAAGAGUUCGUGACUGACAACAUGGAGAAUAUAGAAAAUACAACAUCAAUAACACCUACUUAUUUGCAGGCGUUUGGCGCUCAAGCUUUAGCGAUGAAGGCGCCUAUAAAAAGGACAGAUUAUGAAGACUCCGUUUGGAAGAAGGAAUCAAAGAUAAGCAAUAUUUUUUCGAUGUCUGUGACAACACUGGCCUUUUUGGCUUUCGGUGGUUAUUUGUUGUGUUUGAUAGUCCAAGCUGUGAAAGCGAAAGAACAGUACGCGUCCGCAGCUGGCUCCCAGACUACAUUGGUGGUCAAUUCUGCGAUAAAGAAGAAGCCUCACAUACAGUCACAGUUUCAGCCGCAGUUCGCGUCGUACGGGAGGAGGAAGAGGGACAACCGACAACACAGGAAGUUGGAGAACAUAGAUCUCACUCCAGAUCAGCUGUUCAGUGCGUUGUUGCAGUUAUGUGAAGGUUACGCCAAGUGGAGUGAGGGCAUUGAUGGUGUUUAAUUAAAGUGACUUUGGGACGAAUACAAAGAAUCAUUAUCUGUGGACACACGAGAUACAGAGACAUACAGAGCAAGAGUUCUAUCUUUUACAACUAUUUACUUUAUAAAUACAGGAUAAGUAAUUUAUUAAUAGUAUUUAUAAGUAGACAGUUAUGUCAUAGAUAUAUUUAAAUAUAAUUUUUUAUCCGUUCUGUGAUGGUGAGUGUUCAUGUCAUAAACUAGAUUGUAGUCAUCCAGCUCACUUUUUUUGAAUAAUGAGAUAAAAAUAGUAAAUAUAAACUUUAUCUCUUUCAUAUACCUAGUCCAAUUUAACUAUAAUGUUAUGAAGGUAUUAUAUAGAUCGGCUUUUCAAAUGCUGUUUACACCAAAAGCAGGAAGCCAGAUUGCCCGCAAUAUCUGUAAACGUUUUCAACCUGUCAAAUAAUCACGCUAACACCUAAUAAUAGCCAAAAGAUCCUUAUUGUACGCAUAUUAAAGUCGAAUUUGGAAAUUUUGCAGCUAUUUUAUUUUAAACUCUACUGCGGUAACUUUACGGUGUAUUAUGCUAUGGAUGGGGAUUCGUUUUUUAAGAUAUUUAAAGACGCAGCAAGUGCUUGGUUUUGUUUGUAUGAAGCAGUAAUGAGGCGGUUGGCUUCGGUCUGUCAUCGAGUGCUCUACUGUUUACAAGCCGGCUGCACCACAGAUUUAAUAUAACUUAAACUACGUUAAACACAUUCGGAUUAACUAGGGUAACCCUAAUAUUAUAUGUAUACAAGUAUAGGUAUUUAUUAUUUGUUAUCCCAAAGAUUGUGAUUAGCUAUCUUUACU